AUGGAGGAUACUAAUCAAAUUGUUGAGGCAGUGGUGGCGAAGGUGGGCGAUCUCAAGAACGGCGAGAUGAGGGAGGUGGCUCUGGGCGACGCCGGCAAGGUUCUGCUCGUCAAGGAGGACAACCAAUUCAAGGCCAUCGGAAACAAAUGCACGCACUACGGCGCUCCCCUGAAGGACGGCACCCUGUGCAAUGGCCGGGUCCGCUGCCCGUGGCAUGGCGCCUGCUUCAACACCUCGACCGGCGACAUCGAAGACAGCCCCGGCCUGGACUCGGUCCACAGCUUCAAGGUGCGGGUCGAGGGCGAGGAUGUGAUCGUGGCCGCGCCCGUCGGCGAGCUCAAGGUGUGGAAGCGCACCCCGCGCGUGGGUUCCUGCAGCGCGGCCGACACCCGCGUGUUCGUCAUCAUCGGCGGAGGUGCUGCCGGCCAGUCCGCUGCUGAGACGCUGCGGGACGAGGGCUUCACCGGCCGCAUCGUGCUGAUCGGCAAGGAGACCGACCUGCCGUACGACAGGAUCAAGCUCAGCAAGGCGAUGACCGCCAGCGUCGACAGCAUCCUCCUGCGCCCCGAGUCCUUCUACCAGGAGCGCAACAUCGAACUCCUGCUCGGCAAGGAGGUCACCGAGCUGGACGCGGAAAAGAAGACCGUCGCAAUUGCCGGCGGCGAGACGUUCAAGUAUGAUGGCUGCUUGGUCGCCACGGGCGGCAUUCCUCGCCGUCUUCCGAUCCCCGGCGGCGACCUCGGCAACGUCUAUUGCCUGCGCGUGCCUGAGGAGGCCCACGCCAUUGCCUCGAAGGCCGAGGGCAAGAACCUGGUCGUGAUCGGGUCGUCGUUCAUCGGCAUGGAGGUUGCCGCGGCGCUGGUGGCCAAGGCCAAGAGCGUGACCGUGGUCGGCAUGGAAAAGGUCCCGUUUGAGCGUGUUCUCGGCGCUGAAGUGGGUGCCGUCCUGCAGAAGCUUCACGAGUCGAAGGGUGUCAAGUUCUACCUGUCGAGCACCACCAAGGAGUUCAAGGGCGAGGGCUCGGUGAGCGCUGUGGUGCUGGGCGACGGCACCGUGCUGGAGGCCGAUGUGGUCGUGGUUGGCGCCGGCGUCAUUCCCGCCACCGGCUUCAUCAAGGGCAACGUCGACCUGGGUCGCGACCAGAGCCUCAUCGUCGACGAGUUCCUGAAGGCCGCCGACGGUCUGUGGGCGGCUGGUGACGUGGCCCGCUACCCCUACCACCUCACCGGCGAGGCCGUCCGCGUCGAGCACUGGGGCAUGGCCCAGACCCAGGGCCGAGCUGUCGCUCGCCACUUCCUGGGCAAGCAGACGAGGCAGUUCGACAUCGUGCCCUUCUUCUGGACCGUCCAGUUCGGCAAGAGCGUGCGCUACGCCGGCCACGCCACCUCGUUCGACGAGGUCAUCAUCCAGGGCAACCCCGACGAGCUCAAGUUCGCCGCCUACUACGUGCGUCAGGGCAAGGUCCUGGCCGUCGCUGCUCUUGGUAUGGACCCGUUGGCAUCUGCUGCGGCCGACCUGCUGGCCCACGACAAGAUGCCGACGGCCGCCGAGCUGAAGGCCGGCAGCGCCGACCUCAAGGCCCUCCUCUAA